AUGGUCGUCAACAUCACCGCCGAAGAUCCCCAGCCCACCAUCCACAGCCACAUCAAUGGCACCACCAACGAGAUCCUCGAUCGGCUCUGCGUGACCGAGCUUCUCAAAGGCUGGCCGAUAUAUCGAGACGCCUCCGAAUGGGCCCAUUACCGUAACUGCUUCGCCGAGCAGGCGUACAUCUUCACAACCUGGAGCGGCGGUAUGCCCAUCGAUGAAUUCAUCGAAGUCUCCAAGAAGGGCCGGCGCAAUGGGGACCACAUCAUGCACCGCGAGAACGGCACCCUCGUCGAGCUCAACCCGGCGACCGGCCGCGCCGUGGGCAAGAUGAAGGCCACCAUCACCCAGCGCUUCGACUUCAAGGGGUUGGAGUGUGACGUCGAAUGCGACUGUCGCUUUAUCAUGUGGUGCCAGAAGGAUCCGGCGGGCUGGAAGGUGCACUACAAGCGUCUGUUCUACGAGAAGGACAAGAUCCUGCCCGUCGACGGCAAGAAUGUCCCCGAAUUUUCGGCGGAGGAAUUGGCGCCGUACCCUUAUGGGUAUCGGUAUCUGGGCGCGGCGCAGGCCCGGCUGGGCCAUAAGAUCAAGCUGGACUUGCCGACGAUGGAGGAUAAUGAGAAGUUCCGCGGCAUGUACGAGGCCAUGGAAAAGUGGCUGAGAGGGGAGGACAUCAAGGAGACGUUGGGGAUUCCGCUGUGA